AUGAAACAAGUCAAUCAGCAUCAGGGGAGAGGGGCAGAAAAGAGGGGCAGAAAAGAGGGGCAGAAAAGAGGGGCAGAAAAGAGGGGCAGAAAAGAGGGGCAAGGUGAAAAGGAGGUUUUUAACCAUAAGCUCUUAAGCUCAGAGGGGCAGAAAAGAGGGGCAGAAAAGAGGGGCAGAAAAGAGGGGCAGAAAAGAGGGGCAGAAAAGAGGGGCAGAAAAGAGGGGCAGAAAAGAGGGGCAGAAAAGAGGGGCAGAAAAGAGGGGCAGAAAAGAGGGGCAGAAAAGAGGGGCAGAAAAGAGGGGCAAGGUGAAAAGGAGGUUUUUAACCAUAAGCUCUUAAGCUCAUACACAAGCAUUUAA